GAGACGAGGAGGAGAGGAGAGCGACGGAGGGAGGAGGAUGGCUGCGGACGUGAGCAUGAGCAGAGUGGUGGAGUACUUGAAGAAUACGAAGAAGAAGGACGACGAUAAGCCGCAACCGGUGCCGGUGCUGAUGCUCCACCACCACGAUCACCCCAGCAAGGAAUCCACGCCGCCUCCCAUGACUCGAGACCUGCUUGGCCUUGAGUUCCAGUCGUCCCAAGAGCUGGUUGACCUCGACUCCCACGUCCCUUCUGGCUGGGAAAAGCGCCUCGACUUAAAGUCAGGGAAAGUCUAUAUCCAACGUUGCAGCUCCCAAGCUCUGCCCGCCACAUCGAGCCUCAAGCAUCAUCAACCCAUCAAUUCAGCGCCUCCUCACUUUCAGGACCUGAACUUCCCUCCUUCGCCCACCAAACUUGCUUUCAACGGUUCUGAUGACGCGUUCUUGGACCUCAAGCUACUCACCUCUUCUUCGCCGUCUACGUCCUGCAAUUACCAGAGCGUCUGCACUCUCGAUAAAGUCAAAUCCGCGCUCGAGAGAGCGGACAGAGAACCGUCCAAGAAGAGAUCUCCGUUUUGGAAAUCGCCGCCGUCGUCCCCUUUGUAUUCGCUGGCUUCGUCUUCGAUCAAGGAGACCCGAGAGGAGGACAGCAAUCAAGAGAUGUCGGCAAUUGCUACCUGCUGCCCCAGCUGUCUACUUUACGUGUUGAUCUCCAAGACAAAUCCCAAGUGCCCCCGUUGCAAUUAUGUUGUUCCAUUGCCGAGCUCGAAGAAGCCUCGAAUAGAUCUCAACAUAUCCAUCUGAGAGAUGAAUGAGCAGUCGGUGCUAAUGAUCAGAUUGUUCCCUUCCCGGACGACCCCACCAGGGCCACCACCCUCCUCUUCUUUUAAUUUUGUAAAUGAGAUUUGAGAGUUUUUAAAAGAUAAGAUUUGUAUCAAGUAAAGUGUAGGAUGUACAUACAUUUUAAAGGGCGCUGACCUCCUUAGUGAAGUACAGCUGAUAGCAGAUCUUUUCUUCUUCAGCUUUUCUAUAUGAAUGAUAGGGUUUGUUGCAUGAACAAUAUAAUCUUGAAGACUUACUGAUGGUAACAGAAAUUAGUGAUUACUGCCA